ACAACAACUAUAACAUCAGCGCUAAAUUUAAAGAUAAAAAACCCCCAAAAACCUCGUCACCAAAUUACAGCCUGAACCAGGAAGACCAGAAGUGUCAUGUGAUAUGAAAAAAUGGCUUCGGUUCAAUGGCGCUCUCGUGGGCGAAACUAUGAGGCAGAGCUGCAGAGGUGUCAUCCUGAGGGACUUCCUGUCGAGUUCGGAGACUACCAUCCCCUCAAGCCUAUCAUGGUCACGGACACAAAGACCCGCCGUGGAGCUCGCAAAGGCAGCACCUCCUCAUCUUCCUCCUCCUCCUCCUCAGCACCCGUGGACCCCCUCAGCUCCAUGCUGGACGGGACGGACCCCCUGUCCAUGUUUGCCGCCACCGAGACGUCGGCGGCCGCGUCGCACGGCAGCUCCGUGGGGGAUCUCGGGAGGAAGAGGAGGGUGAAGGAGGAAGAGGCGCUCGGAGCCGACUUUGAGCCCUGGUCAACGAAACGAGGAGAAAUCCUGGCCAGGUUCACCACCACUGAAAAACUGUCCAUUAAUCUCUGUAUGGGCUCUGACAGAGGAAAAGCUCCCAAUCCAGGAUCGUCGGCCGUUUCAGAGAAAGUCCGCACUCGCCUGGAGGAGUUGGACGAUUUGGAGGAGGGUUCCCACAGGGAGCUCCUCAACCUCUCCCAGCAGGAUUACGCCAACCGCAUAGAGGAGCUCAACCAGUCCCUGAAAGAGGCCUGGUCCUCCGACCAGAAGGUCAAAGCCCUGAAGAUCGUCAUCCAGUGCUCCAAACUUCUGUCCGACACGUCUGUGAUCCAGUUCUACCCCAGCAAGUUCGUCCUCAUCACCGACAUCCUCGACACUUUCGGCCGUCUGGUGUAUGACAGGAUCUGGACCAUGUGUUUAGACCCCAGACCUCUGCCAGACUCCUUCACAGUAGAAGAUGUGAACGACACGGCGAAGGAGACAUGCCUCAACUGGUUCUUCAAGAUCGCCUCCAUCAGGGAGCUGCUGCCCCGACUAUAUGUGGAAGCUGCUAUCCUCAAGUGCAACCGUUUCCUCAGCAAGUCAGGGAUCCAGGAGACCCUUCCCCGGCUGACCGCCAUGAUCCGUGGGAUGGGAGACCCUCUGGUCGCCGCCUACGCCAGAGCUUACCUCUGCAGGGUGGGCAUGGAGGUGGCGCCCCACCUGAAGGAGAGUCUGAACGCCAACGUCUUCGACCUGCUCGCCACCUUCAGGCAGAUCAGCGGUGACAGCGUCCAGAAGCAGCUGCACGUGCAGAAGGUGGAGAUACCGGCGUACCUGACGCUCUACUCGCCCGCCAUCAACUGGAUCCUGCAGUGCGUCGCGUACCGAGCUCCGGAGCAACUUCUCACAGAGAUGAUGGAGAGAUGCAAGAUGAUGGCAAAUAAUGCCUUGCUUCUCAACUCAAUAAUGAGAGCAUUCAGGCCGGAGUUUGUUGCCACCAGAGCCACUGAUUUCAUUGGCAUGAUCAAAGACUGCGACGAGUCCGGCUUCCCAAAGCACCUGCUGUACGGCUCUCUGGGUCGCAGUCUGGCCUGCGCCGAUCCUCCAGAGUCUGAGAGGCUGACCAUCCUGAACGAAGCCUGGAAAGUCAUCACCAAAGUCCGAAACCCUCAGGACUACAUGAACUGCGCUGAGAUCUGGGUGGAGUUCACCUGCCGACACUUUACUAAACGAGAGGUCAACACGGUCCUGGCUGACAUCAUCAAACACAUGACUCCUGACCGAGCGUUUGAGGAGGCCUACCCUCAGCUGCAGUCAGUGAUCAGGAAGAUCCUCACCUACUUCCACGACUUUUCCGUCCUCUUCUCCAUGGAGCGCUUCCUGCCGUUCCUCGACAUGUUCCAGAAGGACAGUGUGAGGGUGGAGGUCUGCAAAUCCAUCAUGGAGGUUUUCAUCAAACACCAGCUGGAGCUCACCAGGGACCCGGUCAUCCUCAAUGCCAUGCUGCACAUCUGCAAAACCAUGCACGACUCCGUUAACGCUCUCACGCUCGAAGAUGAGAAAAGAUCUUUGGCUCUGCUGAUCAUCGGCUUCAUCCGCAUGGUUUCCUUCGGCCGGGACUUUGAGCAGCAGCUGAGUUUCUGCGUGGAGGCCAGAGCCACCUUCUGCAACCUGGAGCCGGUCCUGGUGCAGCUCAUCCACACGGUGAACCAGCUGGCCAUGGAGACCCGCAUGGUGAUGAAAGGGAAUCACUCCAGGAAGACGGCAGCGUUUGUCCGGGCAUGUGCGGCCUACUGCUUCAUCACCAUCCCGUCUCUCAGCAGCAUCUUCAGCCGCCUCCACCUCUACCUGCUGUCCGGUCAGGUCGCCUUGGCCAACCAGUGUCUCUCUCAGGCCGACGCGUUCCUGAAGGCAGCGGUCAGCGUCCUUCCUGAGGUUCCUCGCUCCAUCAGCGUGGAGGGGAAGCUGCGCUCCUCCGAGAGCUUCCUGCUGGACUACAUCAACAACUUCUUGGCCACGCUGCUGGUUGUCCCGGACCACCCGGAGCACGGCGUGCUGUACUUGGUCCGCGGGCUGCUCAACAUGGUCCAGGAUUAUACCUGGGAGGACAACAGCGACGCCAAGGUGCGCGUUUACAUCAGCGCCCUGCCGCUGCUCGCCGCCAUGAGUCAGGAAACGUACCUCUACUCCAUUCCUAAAAUGGACUCCAAUGAGACGUUAUAUGGAGGAGACCCAAAGUUCUUGUCAGAGAUCAACAAGCUGUGUGAGACUUUGAUCGGACAAAUCUUGGACCAUCUGAAGACGCUCACUCGCGACGAGCAGAGCGUGCGGCGUCAAAGCGCCCUGGCCUUCUCCCUCUUUGGGGUCCUGCUGGCCCACGGCGACCUGAGGAACAACAAGCUGAGUCAGCUGUCCAUCAACCUGUGGAACCUGAGCCACAAGCACGGACACUGCGAGACGCGAGUCUCUAUUCGGACUCUGGAGUCCAUCAAACAUCAGGCUCAGCGGCCUGACAUGGCCCACCUGUCAGACACAAUCCAGAGGCUUGCUCUGCAGUCCCGUACCUGAAUGUUCUGCUGUAAAAUAGUUCAUGAAGCAUAUUAAAAUUAUUUCACUAAUGUAAAUAAAAAAUCUGAACCACAUGAAAUGUAACUCUACUUACAGCAAACCAAAACAGGCUAAAGCUGUCACAACCACAAAGUAUUACAUUAGGCUCCGUUUAUUCUGAAACCCCCGAAUAAUAGGAAUAUGAUAGGAAUAUCGGUAAUAAGAAGAAAAUGGAUUGAUUGUAAAAUGUCAUUGCAAUUUGCAGUAAUAGUUGUGUUGUGUUCAUGUUACACUGCCCUGCUACUAAUUAGUCCAUUUUUAGUUGUCAGUGGUUGGCACCGUUAAUAGGUUCUGGAAUUAAUGUUUCUCUAGUAUUUUUAUUUUUAAAAAAUUAAAAUCAAAGUUAUUCAACAUGUUUCAGCACAA